GCUGCGUGCGCUAGCAUACACGGCUAACCCGCUUUGCGGUCACCCAUAGAAAUGAAGCUGAAAGGAAGUGGGUUGAGUCUGUGUACAUGAGCCUAAAACUGUCUCCAAUAAAGUGUAAUAUAGUCUAACGGGUCCCGGUGUGUGCAGUGCUGACGGUUUACUUCACUUUCACACGGAUCUCUGGCGCUGUUUGGACUUUUACACCGAUUCUCUAACGUUAUUUCACACCGGAAGUCGAUUCGGAUCGGUGGAGAAAUUUUUCCAUUUUUGCAACUAAAAUUGUUUUUAUUAUUAUUUUAAAGUAUUUUAAAGUAUCAAGAUUUUGGUUUUGUCUGUUGGAUUUAAAGCAUUAGGUUCGAUUAAAAAGAACUAAAAUGAGCGACGCGAAUCAGCCGGAAAUUGAGCUGUUUGUGAAGGCAGGCAGUGAUGGACAGAGCAUUGGGAACUGUCCUUUCUCCCAGAGGCUAUUUAUGGUGCUGUGGCUUAAAGGAGUGACGUUUAAUGUGACCACCGUUGACAUGAAGAGGAAGCCGGACAUCCUGAAGGACCUGGCUCCAGGGGCCCAGCCCCCGUUCCUGCUGUACGGGCGGGAAGUGAAAACAGACACCAACAAGAUCGAGGAGUUUAUUGAGGAGCACCUCUGCCCUCCUAAGUAUCCUCGUCUGGCUGCCCGUAACCCAGAGUCCAACACCGCUGGUAUGGACGUCUUCUCGAAAUUCUCUGCCUACAUCAAGAACUCCAACCCUGGCAUGAAUGAAAACCUGGAGAAAGGCCUGCUGAAGGCACUGAUGAAGCUGGAUGAUUACCUCGGCUCUCCUCUACCUGACGAGAUUGACGAGAACAGCACAGAGGAUGUCGCCACAUCGUCCCGCCCCUUCCUGGAUGGACAGGCUCUCACGCUGGCUGACUGUAACCUUCUGCCCAAGUUACACAUCGUCAAGGUGGUGUGUCAGAAGUUUCGGAAUUUCUCCAUCCCUCGCUCUCUGCUGUCUCUAUGGCGAUACUUAGAUGCUGCAUACGCGCGUGAGGAAUUCUCCUCCACAUGCCCGAGUGACGCAGAGAUCCACAUCGCCUACUCGUCUGUUGUCAAAGCUCUCAAAUAAACACACACACACAAUUUUGUAUACACACACACACACACACACACACACACACACAGCUUUUAAAGGGACGGUUCAAAAUUUACAUCGUUGUAUAUGUUUGCAAACUUUACAUCAGUCACAGAACAAGUCAUUUCCAUUUGAAUGAUAUUAGCAGGUCAUUAACUGCAUUUACUGGGUUAUAUGUUAGUCUGGAUUCGAAGCCACGCCCCUAAAUCUGAGUAUCGUCAUGUUUUAUUUAAACAGCGUCAUUAAAGUUCAUAAUGUUGUGAGUCUGACAAAGGAAAUCGAACAUUGCUGUUGCUAGGCAACCGUGAACCGUGUUCCCCAAACAAGAGCUAGCUAACGACUGAAACGAAUCAUUUAUCUAACUAGCAUAAAGUAUUUUAUUUAUUCUAUUUUUUAUACAGGUGAACUUUAACCUCUUCGUAAAGGGCGUGGCACUUCGUUCUGAAAAUGAAGGCAGAAAAAUUACAAUUGAACUAGCGCUAGCUGACGUUAGCUCUUCGCCACACCAGCCAGAGUAUUUGCUGAACCGUCCCUUUAACACGCAAAGCAGUUUUGUACUCGAGAGACUUUCAGGCUUGUCAGUUAGCAUGCUAGCGUUUUGAUACACACCUCCUUUACUGUUUUCUGCUCUUUCUCCUCACACACCUGGGCUUUUAUUCAUAGCAGCAUGUAGACAUGCACUAAUGACGUGUCUUAUGUCCCCAAGUUUAUGCAUUACACUUAAUCUUUACAGAUAGUCCACAAACUUCACCAGUGAAGCACAAACCAUGCCUUUCUGACUAAAUAACUGCACUGUAUAACCGUUAGCUAGCUUAACGUCACACGUUAUGGAACUUUAAUGCUUGCUUAGCUUAGCCUGUCAGCUAGAUAAAGACAAUCUAGCUAGCUGAUUGGACUGUAGGGGAUCUGAGCAGAGUGUAAGAGUUACUCUGAGCAUCUCGUUGGCUCACACUCGUCCUCUGUUCCUGUUUUUAGAAACGAAACCCCAUGCAGCCGUUUGCUCGGCGUGUGGUAGCGAUGAAGCAAGCAUGCAGUUUGUUUGGCUAGUAACGCACUCCUACACCAUGCACUCGCUCUCACAGGAGCCGCUUCUCGUGUGACGCGUGAUCUACGGUAGUGCGAAUAGGAACAAGGACUGACUCUUGCUUAGAGAAAGGGGCGUGGCUAAGUGCUAGCACGGGGACUUCAGUUUUUCUUUCUUAAAAAGAAGUGCGUUCAAGCGAGACAAUAGUGUGAGGUGUCGCAUUCUCUGUUGCACAAUACAGGAUUGGGGGCAAAGACGUGUGCACUGGGAGUCUGUGGGUGUUGGUCUGGUGAACCACAGUGUUGUUUUUGGCUUGUAUACCCACACACACACACACUCGCUCACUCACACACACGCUCAAUCUUACACACACACUCACUCACUCUCUCUUACUCUCACACACUCACUCUUUUACACACACUCACUCUUACACACUCACAAACACACUCACUUUUACACACACACACACAUUCACUCACUCUCUCUUACACUCUCUCUCUCACACACACACACACACACACAAACUCCAGCCAUCAUUUGAAAACAAUGGAUGGUUUGGAAGGAGAACAACACAGGAAGCUGCAGGUUUGAUGAUAGCUGGCUAGUCCAUAGAUAUUUGUCCCGUCCAGUUUGGUCAUUUAAAAUUAGACGAUCGCAGGACGACUGGUCAAAAAUUUAAAUAUCUACAAAACUGAUGAAUCUGAUGAAUAUAUUUUUAUUGCUUUGUUUUUGUUUAAAGUGCCAAGAAACUCAGGUGGACUUUUUUUUUUCUAGAAAUUUCUCACUGGCUUUUUGCACUUUGUCAUACAGCCGAUCAGCAGCACAGCUCGUUCUAAUAUUAACAGCCAUCUAAAUGUCCGUGCUCCUACUUGUCUAUUUUUUAUAAGAAACGUUACUCGUAGAGCUGAGAAGCGGCGUGAGACGAUUGGAAUUUUACUCAUUCGUGUGAUGAGCUUUGUGAUGUAAGACCAGAUGCAGGCUUCCUGUAAAACGGGGAAGUGCGAUUGUCUUCAGCACAAGAGCAAAACCCCCCUCU